UCCAAAACGACAACAAAACCCUAAAAAAGCUCUUGAGGAUGCUGCCAGUGUCGUUGUCCCGUCAAAGUCCACCGCCGUCUCCGAAGAUGGCGUCACCUUCUUCGCCGUCUCCGAAGAUGGCCUCACCUUCUUCGCCGUCUCCGAAGAUGGCGUCACCUUCUUCGCUGUCUCCUACCACCGUCUCACGUAUAGGAGCCCAGGAUCCUGUGAUCUCCGAUCAGCCUGUCUCCGAUCCAAGUUUCGCUGAGCUGCCAACAGACGUCCUUGGUCUCAUAAUGUCUUCUCUUGUCUUGAAAGACAACAUCCGUGCAUCCGCGGUUUGCAAAUCAUGGUGUGGAGCGGCGGUAUCGGUCCGGGUAGUGGAAAAGUACCCAUUGCUUAUGUACUUUCCUAAACGUGGCAACUUGUUUGAACUCCGGGAUCCGUUACAGCAGAAGACGUACACUUUGGAUCUGCCAGAGUUAGCUAGAUCCACUGUGUGUUACGCCAAAGAUGGCUGGCCACUUAUGCUUAAACAGGGAUGGAGACUCUUUAUGCGGCUGUUCUUCUUCAACCCGUUUACCCGGGAGAUGGUAACAUUGCCAAACAUUUAUGAGGCUUUUGAUAAGGUAGCAUUCUCUUGUCCUCCAACAUCAGACAAAUGUGUGUUGGUAGCGCUAAACUUUCUCCAUGGGCAUGUCAAGGUCAGCACUUGCCAUCCUGGUGCAACUGAGUGGACUACUGAAUCCUUCCCUAGUUUUCUAAGACUGUUUCGUAACCAGAGCAACCUUGUGUAUCGAGAAGAUCGAUUCUAUACCUUCAACGCAAAGGGAACUUUGUAUAGCUUUCAUCCAUCUUCCCGAACAUGGAAUCAUAGAUGUGCAGAUAGACUGGUAUGCCCUUAUAUCUACGAUAGAGAGAAAUAUGGUUGGAAUGAAAAAUCAGUUGCUUUGAUAGAGAAGAAAGGAGAACUUGUCAUGUUUACAAGCGGCAAGGAGAAGCCAUUGGUGUACAAAUUGAUCUCUAUGAGGUGGGAGGAGAUAAGUAGGACUCAUCUUGAUGGCAUGACAAUCUUUGUCAGUUAUUACAACGCUGAGCUGAGAACUAAUCUUCUUCAUGCAUGGAUGAGGAACAAUGUCUACUUUUCAAGGUAUAAUAAAAAUCGCCAACGUUGUGUAACCUACUCGUAUGAUGAGAGAAGUUACAAUCCGAGCAAUGAAUGGCAGAGGUGGAGAGAGCUAUGUCCUCAGAAAACCAUAUGGAUCGAUCAGCCUCCAGAGAAUGUGUGACCAAUUUAUAAGGUUUAUGUUUUUUUUUAUGGUGUUAGUGUGUAACUUGGCAUUUGGGAGUUCACACUGUUGUAAUAAAGAACCGUUUCAGCUUUUCUUAAUGUCUUUUGUUUUGUAAAAUUAAGAUUGAACCUUUUUUUAUUCUCCA